AUGCGGACUUGCUUGGCGGUGUCGGUGGCGGCGGCGGCGCUGCUGCCACUGGGACUGAGGGGGAGCCAGCAUGACCAGGUAAUAUAUGCUUUAAACACUAAGAAUGAUGAACAUGAAGCUGCUAUCCAAGCCCUCAAGGAUGCUCACGAAGAAGAAAUCCAACAAAUUCUUGCAGAAACCAGAGAAAAGAUUCUACAGUACAAAAGUAAAGUUUCUGAGGAAAUGGAUUUGAAGAGAAAGAUCCAAGUUUUAGAAGAGUCAUUGGAGGACCAUAAAAAGAGGAAGCAUCAAGCCCUAACAGAAUUUGAAGCUUAUAAGGACAGAGUUGAGGAUAUGCAGCUUUGUGCAGAAGCCCAGCAUGUCCAACGUGUAGUGACUAUGUCGCGGGAAGUGGAAGAGAUUAGAAAAAAGUUUGAGGAGCGGUUGCGAAGCUUUAUACAGUUACAAGUACAGUUUGAGAAGGAUAAGCGUUCAGCUCUUGAUGAGUUGAAAGCUGCACAUAGGCUUGAGGUUCAAGAACUUAUGAAGACGCAUCAGUGUCAGAAUGCAACUUUAAGUAAGGGACAGGAAAAGUUGGAAGAGCUCCACAGACGGGAUGUGGAAGAGCUGAAUGCUAAAGUUGAAGAUCUAAGACUGGAAAGGAAAAAGCUCAUUGAGGACUAUGAAAGUAAACUCAGCAAAGCUCAGUCUUUCUAUGAACAUGAACUUGAUACUAUGAAAAGGUCCCAACUGUUUACAGCCGAAAGUCUGAAAGCUUGCAAAGAGAAAGAAAUGGAACUAAGGAAAGAAUUUCAAAGCCAAGAAUCUAUUUUACGGAAAAACAUGGGGAAACUAAAGACUGAAUUGCAGAUGGUACAAGAUGAAGCAGGCAGUCUACGAGAAAAAUGCCAGAAGCUUCAAAUAGCAUUAAAUACAGCAGAAAACAAUGUACAGGCUCUUCAAAAACAGCUAGAUGAUGUCAAAGAAGAGGAGAUAUCUUUGUUAAGUAAACACAAGGAAGUUGAAAGUGAGCUAGCUGCUGCUAGGGAACAUUUACAGCAACAGGCCACAGACCUUGUACUAAAAGCCAGUCACAUUGGAAUGCUUCAAGCUACUCAGAUGACCCAGGAAGUUACCAUACAAGAUUUAGAAUCUGAAAAGUCCAAAUUAAAGGAAAAGCUGUCGCAGAUGGAAGAAGAAAGAAAUCUAUUGCAAAGCAAAACACAAAAUCUAGAUGAAAGACAAAGGCAGCAAAUUCUUGCAUUGGAGAAGAAAGUGAAUGAAGCAAGGGAAACACAAAGAGAAUAUUAUGAGAAAGAGUUAAUAAAACUGCAAGCCAGACUAGAAGGAGAAGCUGCACAGCUAAAUGAGGCUCAUUCUAAGACCUUGGAGGAGUUGGCAUGGAAACAUCAUAAUGCUCUUGAGGCAGCACAUAGCAAUACUACCAAGGAAAAAAAGAAACUGCAAAUGGAGUUGGAGCAGCAUUUUGAAAAAGAGAAGCUACAUUUAGAGGAUGAGAAAAAUCAGCUUCGACAGCAGUUGGAAAACCUGAGGGAAGAGCUGACAGCCAAGCUGACUGUAUCCAAUCAGGAGGUGUGUCGUCUACAAGACUUAGUAAGGAAAAGUGAACAAGGCCUUGGUACUGCUGAAGGGCACAUCUCCAGUCUCCAGGAAAACCAAGAAAUACUGCAAAAAGAACUAGAAUUAACCAGGACAAGAUUGAGGGAAGCCACAGAUUCUCUGUAUAAUGUUGAGGGGGAAUUAGAACAGGAAAGACAGCAACAUGAAGCCAUGAUCGUAGCCAUGAGAGAAGAGGAGAAAUUCAAAGUUGACAGAAUGGCCCAUGAUCUGGAAAUUAAAUGGACAGAAAACCUUCGGCAAGAAUGUAGUAAACUUCGGGAAGAGCUGAGACUUCAGCAUGAAGAAGAUAAAAAGUCAGCAAUGACUCAACUUUUGCAGCUGAAAGAGAGGGAAAAAAGUGCUGCCAGAGAUAGCUGGCAAAAGAAAGUAGAAGAUCUGUUGGAUCAGAUAUCCCUGCUGAAGCAGAAUCUAGAAAUGCAGCUGUCUCAGUCUCAGACCUCAAUGCAACAACUGCAGGCACAGUUUAGUCAGGAGCGACAGAGGCUUGCCCAAGAAAUUGAAGAACUAGAAGAAGAGCAUGAGCAAAGAAAUAAGUCCCUGAAAGAAGCACACAUGCUUGCAUUUCAAGCUAUGGAAGAAACAAAAGAACAAGAGCAAAAGGCACUUGAGGAACGUUUGCAGCAAAAGCAUUCAGAGGAAUUUCAGGCUCUAAAAGAAGCCCACAAACAAGCUAUGGAAGCUUUCAAACUAGAAAUGGAACAGGAACUACAGACUCUUCGUUUUGAACUGGAAGAUGAAGGGAAAGCUAUGCUAGCAUCUUUGCGCUCAGAACUAAAUCAUCAGCAUGCGGCAGCAAUCGAUCAGCUAAGGCAUAACCAUCAACAAGAAUUGACAGCAGCUAAAAUGGAACUUGAAAGAAGCAUAGAGCUCAGCAGGCAACAGGAAAAUGAGUGUGUGUGCCGGAUAACACAUCUGCAGGAUGAACUGAGGCAUCGAGACCACCAUAUAUCUGAACUGGAUAAGGAGAUACUUGCGCUGCAUGAAAACAUAAGUGCACUAACCAAGGAACUGGAGUUUAAAGGGAAGGAAUUGCUCAGAAUACGUAGUGAAUCCAACCAACAGAUUAGGCUGCAUGAACAAGAUUUAAACAAGAAACAUGAGAAAGAGCUGGAUGUCAUGACAGCAGACCACAUCAGAGAGAAACAAAGCUUGCUGGCAGAUUUUAAUAAGACCCAAGAGCUGCUAAAGGAAAUUAAUUCAGCUUUGCAAGUUUCGUAA